AUCCGGACCAUGUCUCCUUAACGAACCAAACCCGACCCGAACUAUUCUCUAUAAAAGCCCCCGACGAAGCAAAUUUAGGGUUUCAUCGUAGUCUCCCUCCGCCAGCCGCUGCAGCUUCCAUUGCCAGAUCAACAUGACUAAGCGAACAAAGAAGGCUGGUAUUGUUGGGAAGUACGGUACCCGUUAUGGGGCUAGUUUGCGAAAGCAGAUCAAGAAGAUGGAGGUUAGUCAACACAGCAAAUACUUCUGCGAGUUCUGUGGGAAGUAUGCUGUGAAGAGAAAGGCAGUGGGGAUUUGGGGCUGCAAGGAUUGCGGCAAAGUCAAAGCAGGCGGUGCAUAUACAUUGAACACCGCUAGUGCUGUGACAGUCCGAAGCACAAUCAGGAGGCUGCGGGAACAGACUGAGAGUUGAGCUCUGGCAUUAGCUUUUUCAAUGUUGACUGAGGAGAAAGAUAGUCUUGAUGUUCCAUUGUCGUUCAAGUUUUUGAUGUUCCAUCCAGUUUAGUGAAAAGCUGUGGAAAUUGUUGGAAUUAUGUUUUGUUUGAGAUAAUUGCAGUUUUUCUAUUGUUACUAAGUGUUGUGGUUGGCUUCAGAACCAUUUGAAUUUCCCUUUUACACUCCAUUAAAUUAGAAUUGUCUGAUUUGACAAGGUUUAUUCUAUGACAUAUAUAUUGCCUUGGAUUAA